CGUUGGAGCAUUCUUGGCAGCGUCUCUCUCGGUGAACAGCCAGUCGACCGUCGGCCAACCAGUGUUUCCACAAUGUCUGGAAAUUUUUCUUAACGGAGUAGGAGAAAAAACAACAACACACAGGAGCAGCGUAAAGAGUAAGAGUCAAAAACCGAGCUUCCACCUCUGCACCACGUCAUCACGCCUGCUUCACCUGUGCAGCUGAAACCAGAACAAGAUCUGCAUUAGACUGAAAGUAGUCCAAGAAGAAGAGGAAAAGGACCAGUCCUGACUCAAAACGGGUCCAUCAUGGAUCAGUGAAGUCUUUCCUGCAAUGUUUUUUGGAGCUGGAGGCCGCAGCACCGUCAGUAGUGUGUGUGUGGGGCGAUGCCAGCCCCCUGCCCAUCUGGCCUCUAUCCUGCCCUGAGUUCUCCUGGGGUGCCAUGAAUAACUACAGAGACAGAGGGGUCACCUGCACCUCCUCGGACCUCCUGGAUGGGGGAGGAGGAGGAGGGUUACCCCAGCACACUCCGUUUCGUCACACCCCCAAUGGCCACUUGGUGCCUGGCCCAACAGACCCGGCCAUGCAACCACGCGUCUCCGUCCCUAAAAUGGGUGUUCGGGCGCGUAUUGCAGAGUGGCCCCCACGUCGAGCGCAGUCUCGAGAAUCGCUGCUUGAAAAUGGGCAAUAUGUCAACAAUCACCACGGAGACGAUUGCGCCACUUCAUUGUCCUCAUCAGUUUUGUCUUCAGACAUCGGGUUGGUGCGGGGUGGAAUCACCAGGUUGCCACGACGACGGUCCAAGGAUGUAGAGUUCAGAGGUGGAGGAUUUAGCAUUGAGAGAGGUUCACCUUUGAGUCUGCGUGUUUUCCCCCCUCUGAGGCAGCGCUCCAACAGCGAAGUGACGCUGAGCGAACAGGAUGAGAACGAGGUGGAGGUUCGAGGAGGAGGGGGAAUGGGAAACUUGUUCAGAGAGUAUGGCAGCACCUCUUCCAUCGACAUCCAGGGCAUUCCUGAGCAGAGCUUCUUCGACAUGCUCAGCCAGUUCCACCAGGAGAGGCCUGACCAGCGCAGCUCAGCUCCCAUACGCCUCGGGGAGCUGCUGCGUGCUCCAGAUUCACCACCGAGCGCAGCUUUGCCCUCUGCUCCCUCACCUGGUCCCACACCAGGUGGGGAAGACAGAGGGACAGGGAGGAAGGAUGGAGCUGAGCGAGUGAGGAAGAAAAGUGGAGGGACAGAGUCAUCGUUGGGCACCUCUUCUUUGUUUCGGAAGCUUCGGAGCUCCAGUAGAGGGGAGCUGGAUGGAGGGAAAGGAGAGAGUGGUGAAGACGGAGGGGGGCGGGGCUCAACAGAUGCAUCUUACAAACCGUGGGUGUGCCCUAAGAGUUUUGUCCACUUCGAUGCUCAGAGCAUCCUGUUUGACCUCCACGAGGCGGCAGUUCAGCGCGGCUACGUCACCCAGAGGAGGAACACUGCCACGGGGGCAUCAGCUGCUUCAGUGUCUCUGUCUGUGUCCAAAUCCUCGGCUCCGAGCGGGAAUGACCCCGUUUAUUCCAGCAUUGAGGAUCUGACCCUGAGCCUCGACCCUGGCUCCGCAACGCCCUCUCUGGGCAUGGACCCUCUGGACGGGCCUCCUGGAGCACACAGCUCGAGCCCGCUUCUUCUCUGCUGCCCCCACUUCCUCAACGAGACUGGGGGCCACGGGGAGCGCAACAUCAGCUUCCUCAGCUCGUCAGCAGAGCGAGGAGGGGAGGGAGGAGGAGAGGGAGCAAGGAGCUGGCUGAGGAGGAGUAAUGCCAGUGUCUCGGUGCUGGAGGUGCCUAUUGAACAGCAGGUUACGAGACUGGACAGACUGAAACUGUACAGCAUAGAGCAUGUUGACCUGGGGGCCAGGUACUACAGAGACUACUUCCAUGGGAAAGAGCACUCAAACUACUUUGGGACAGACGAUAAGCUGGGCCCUGUGGCCGUGAGCAUCCGCAGGGAGAAGCUGGAAGACACCAAAGACCUGAAAGACCAGUACCAGUACCGGCUCAUCGUCAGAACGAGCGAGUUGGUGACCCUGCGAGGCUCCAUUUUAGAGGAUGCUGUGGCGUCUACGGGACGGCACGGCACGGUGCGAGGUCUGCCGUUCAAGGAGAUCCUUGAGCAGGUCGUCCCCGAACUCAACGUCUCCUGCUUGAGACUGGCGCUCAGCACGCCCAAGGUCACAGAGCAGCUUCUCAAACAGGACGAACAGGGGUUAAGUCAGAAGCACAAGGUGGGUGUUCUGCUGUGCCGCGCAGGCCAAAGCACAGAGGAGGAGAUGUACAACAACGAGGAGGCAUCGCCUGCCUUCUCUGCCUUUCUGGAGCUGCUGGGGGAGCAGGUGCUUCUCAAAGGAUUCACCAAAUAUGCCGCACAGCUUGACACUAAGACGGACUCUACGGGCACCCACUCCCUGUACACCACCUACCAGGGCUACGAGGUCAUGUUCCACGUUUCCACCAUGCUGCCGUACAUGCCAAGCAACCCACAGCAGCUCCUGAGGAAGAGGCACAUAGGGAACGACAUUGUCACCAUAAUCUUCCAGGAGCCUGGAGCGUUGCCUUUCACCCCCCAGAAUAUUCGCUCACACUUUCAACACGUCUUUGUGAUUGUUCGUGUACACAACCCCUGCUCUGAAAACACCUGCUACAGUGUGGCUGUGACAAGAAUGAAGGAUGUGCCUCCCUUUGGCCCACCCAUCCCCAGCGGAGUCACCUUCCGCGACCCAGAAACCUUUAGAAACUUCCUUUUAGCCAAAGUUAUCAACGCAGAAAAUGCAGCGCACAAGUCGGAGAAGUUCCACACCAUGGCGACACGAACGCGGCAGGAGUACCUGCGCGACCUGGCCGAGAACUACGUCAGCAGCACACCACUCGACUCGGCCGGCAAACUAAACAACCUCAUAUCCCUCGCAUCCAAGAAACGUGAGCGCUCAAAGGCGAGAGAGGGAGCGGAGCUGGGGGCUGCGGGGGCCGUCGCCUGGAGGGUCCUGGCCCAGGACUUUAGUGGAGGUGGGACAGAGCUCCCCUGUGCUUUGGGUUUGUCAGCUGAAUAUAUCCUCCUGACAGACUGCUCCACCAAAGAGGUGGUGUUUAACUGUUUCUGUGCCGAUGUGAUUGGCUGGACACCGGAGCGGCUGGCACUGAAGAUCUUCUACGGGAGAGGAGACCACAUCGCAGUGCGGGUACCAGAAGGCUGUGCGCAGGAUGUCAGGGAAAUGGUGCAGAGGUUAAAGUCACUGACAGUGGGAUGUGAGACGGUGGACAUGACUCUGAGGAGAAACGGACUGGGACAACUGGGCUUCCAUGUUCGUCUGGACGGCACUGUGGCAGAGGUGGAGGAAUACGGCUUUGCCUGGCAGGCGGGGCUGAGGCAGGGCAGUCGAUUAGUGGAAAUCUGCAAGGUUGCCGCGGUGACGCUGACUCACGAGCAGAUGAUCGACCUGCUGAGGACGUCGGUCACGGUCAAAGUGGUCAUCAUUCCUCCGUACGAAGAGGGGGGGCCUCGCAGGGGCUGCACAGAGGAGUACGAGAUGAAGACCAUGGAGCAGAAGCCAGAACCUGAGCCUUUGGCGGCAGGCUACCGACCCUCCCCACGCCCAACAUGGCGAUGGGACAGCCCACCCAUUCCCCCAGGGCUUCACAACGCUCCCAACCCACAGCGCUGGGCCCCCAUAGGUGCCCCACCUAUUCCGCUGCCUCGCUCACACAAGGCUCUGAUGCCUGUUCCCUACAGGGAGCCCCAGCACCUCAACCCCAAGAGGCCGGUGAGCUACCCAGAGAACCACUACAGCCUGUCUCCUGCAGGAGGCGACAGAAUGCUGCCCUACAGAAACCCCUCAGCCAGCUUCUCCUCGCCCUCCUCGGGCCUGGUGGGGCUCUCCACGAUAGGGCCACCUGGAAUCACACCGGGGCCCUUUGUACGCUACAAACCUUCACCCGACAGAUAUGGAACAGGACAGCGCCCCCUGUUGCCCUAUGAGCCCCACCUUAGUGUGGACAUCACCUCCAGUGGAGAGUCUUCCUCAGGCUUCACCAGUCAAGACAGCACCAUGGAGCGCUGCAAAACAGAACCCCUCUGGCACGUCCCAGCAUCAUCGUCUCGGGGGCCAGGUGGUGGAGGGGGGCAGAGGAGACUACCCAGACAGGAUGUCCCGGGAAAAGACUCCCCAAACAGACACUCUAAGGGCGACACUCAGUACUCCAGUCACUCCAGCAGCAACACCCUGUCCAGUAACGCCUCCAGCAGCCACAGUGACGAGCGCUGGUUCGACGGAGGAGCUGGAGGAGAACGUGGGGGCGGCGGUUGCCUCGGGGAUCCAGCCGACCCUGACCCUGACCUCCUCAACAAGGGGGGGUCCAACGACAGCGGCAUUGACGCACCGACACACUACAACAACACUCGCCACGGAAACAUUUCCAACAGCCAGUCACACCACAAGACUGUGCACUGCUCCGCCACCUACAGCGGCAUCCAGGAGCUGUCCGUGGGAAGGAGCAGCGGCAACGGAGAAGCCAGGAGACGAGAGUCAUCACCCAUCAUACCAGCCGCAGCCAAUCAGAACAAAGGGUACCGGACGAGGACAUUUCCACCACCUGGUUCCAGCGCUGAUAAAAUGGAUGCUUUCAAACCCAGGGCCUACACACCUCAGGGUUACAAGACACCAACAACAGACAAAGCCCGGCCUGUCCGAGCCUCUACAGCAACACCCACUUCAGCUCAGUUAAGCUCCACCCCUCUGUCCAGCUCCGCCCCCAAGACUUUAUACGCAAAGAGCAGACAAACUGCCUGGCAGCCCGAAGACAUCAGCCCAUCACCUUCAAACACGAACACAGCGUCCAGCUCUGACAGCAGCAGCAGCAAGAAGCAGGUGGAUACGAAUUCAAAGAAUGUGUUUGGACAGCCUCGACUCCGAGCAUCACUGAGGGACCUGCGCUCUCCACGGAGAACUUACAAGAGCACCAUCGAAGACGACUUGAAGAAACUGAUCAUCAUGGACCCAGGAGAGAUGCCGCAAAGAGAUCCGUCUCCCAGACGCACCUUGCAGCGCACCUUUUCAGACGAGUCUCUGUGCAGCGGGCGUAAGGACUCCAGCUUCGCCAACUCAGAGAACCAGACCACCCCUAACGAUGUGCUUUUCACCUGUACGCUGCCCACACGCAGACACGCCGUCUCCUCCAACCACAUGCAGAGUAAGAAGGUGCCUCUGUCUGCGUCUGAGCUGUCCCUUACAGAAGUGAGGGACAAAGUUCCCCCCUUGAGGAGGCUGGAUCCCGGCCUGAUGCCCCUCCCUGACACAGCCUGUGGACUGGAGUGGUCCAGUCUGGUCAACGCUGCUAAAGUCUACGAAGCACAAAGAGCAGUUUCCCUCUUCUCUCUGAAUGAGGCGCACAUUGGAGGUCCGGACAUGAGACCGGUCGUCAGUCCUGUCCAGUUUCCCACUCCACAGACGCCAAGAACCACACCCACCUUCAGCGGUGACGAGGUGCCCAACGAUUUGUCAGGACGUCUCUACCACCUGGAGGUGAUGUUGAAACAGCUGAACACUGAUCUGGAGAGGGAGAAGCACGACAAGGUGGCGCUGCUUGCAGAGAUGGCCAACCUGAGAGAGAACAACCAGCGGCUGCAGGAGGAGAGCCACUCGGCCAGCGAGCAGCUGCGCAAGUUCAGUAUGCUGUUUACCAAUAUCAACAAGACAGGAAGCGACCACGAGGCGCACUCCAUAACGCCCGAAAGUCAGUCAAAGAGGGAUUAAUCAGCACCUGCAGAAGAAGAAGAAGAGUACAUGAUUCAGGCCAGAGAUGGGGGCGAGUGAGAGAAAUAUCCUUUUUAACGCUGCCUGCUCAGUACCCAUGAUUCCUUGCACACACAGGGGCAGCAGAGGUCACCGUGACGUCAACUCACUCAGCUUCCACUGGACCGCCUUAAACUGGAGAGAGUCAGACAAAAAAACACGUUUUUGAAUCACUCCCCAAAAAUCUCACCCGGCGUUCCUUCCCUCGGAGCGGAGACCCUCCCUCUCUUUUCUCUGAGCCCAUUUAUUUUUAUAAACUGAAGUCUUAUAUAUAAACUUGUCAUAUAUAUAAAUACACACAUGCUACUAUGCUAGAGGAGCGAGUAGGAGUGGAGACUGUUUUACAUCACCUGGAGAGGCCUAAUACUGUUCCUGCAGCGAAUCAGCCAAAAAAAAAAGAAAGAAAGAAAGAAAGAAAAAAAAAAGACUCAUUACAGACUGCAUCUCCCAGAAUGCACUAGAAGUAAUGGAAGCUCUACAGACAUGGUACUGUAGAUAGAUGCCUGUGUGGUACAAUUCUCAUGUAUCAAUAUUAUCUAUAUUGUACUGAUAUUGUAUAACAGUUGUACUAAAGAGGUGCGUGUGUUUGUAUGUGUGUGCGCGCGUGUGUUUGUGUGUGUGUGUGUGUGUGUGUGUGUGUGUGUGUGUGUGUGUGUGUGUGUAAAUGAUGGUACAGCGAAUACUCAGAAGCAUUAUCGCACAAUUGUGUUUGUGCUCAGAACUAGAUGCAUUUUAUUAUCCUUUGGUUUGUGUGUGUGUGUGUGUGUGUGUGUGUGAUAGUCUGUUUAAUGACGACUGAGUGAUGAACAAACUAGUUUACUGUAAUAUGAAACUCGUGGGCCACGUUAUUUUUCCUUUCCUCUGUUUACAUGGACGAACUUUGGCCCAAAGAUGUGAAACAAGCCAUCAGUGUGUUGAGAGAGUAAAUGUCAGAAACUCAGUGAUUAUAUGACAGUAUCAUAUCUUUAAUGUAGUUUUUAAUUUUCACUGUUUUCAGCAGUGCUGUAUCAUCUCAGAUCUAAACUUACUGAAUCAUCGUUUUAUCCCUUAACUCAUUUUCACUGUACGUCUUUAAAAAUCAUCAUUAUUCUAAUAUUGAAAGAAACAGUUUGACAUUUUGUGAAAUAGUUUAUUUACUUUCUGGUGCAGUGCUGGAAGAAAUACUCAUCCUUUAUUUAAGUUAAAGUACCAAUACCAGUUUUACCAUUACAAUUAAAGUCCUGCAUGAAAAAUCCUACUAGUAAAACUACGUAAGUAUAGGCACCAAAAUGUAGUUAAAUUAUUCAAGUACUCAUUUAGUCCCUCUGACUGAUUUUUUUUUUUUUCACUUAAAUCUGAGAGGUUGUGAGAUGAUUAAUGGGAGAGGAAAGAAGAAAAAACAAAGACACUGGUCACAAAUAUAAAUCAUACCAUUCUUCACACUUCAGACCAUGGAACCCCCAAAAGUAAUGCAGCACUGUAACACCGGCCCUCAUGAGAGCUUUGUGUCAGAGCUGAAAAAUUCAACAGCAAAUCAGAAAAAAGUGACGGCAAAAAAGAGAAAACAUUGUAAUCAAAUGUUUUACCCUUUUAUAGUUUUAUUGUAUUUUUUUAUUGAGUUUAGCCUUUCAGGUUUUAAUUAAAACUUUUUUUUAGUUUGAUUCAUGGGAUAUUUAAUCCCAUACCAUCUGUGA